UUUUCCAUUUUCUCUCUCUUUCUCACUUCAGUCUUCUCAGCUCAUGUCUUGACGCGACAAAGCUUUCAAACACUCCCCAAAAAAGCUCACUCACGAAUACGCGGCUUUCUCUCCCUCUCCCACACUCUCUCUCUAUCUCUAUCUCUAUCUCUACUUUUAUUUUUGUGCUCUAAACCCUAGCUUCCUCAUCAUCCACCUCGAUCGACUAUCCGCACUUGGCAUGGACGAAGACAAGGGCAAUAAGGUCGAUCGGGGAGUCGAUGAUUUCGCCACCGAUUCUAGCUGGGCACUGGGAGGCGGGGGGGAUUCCGACGGCGUUUACUUCUUCGGCGGCGGAGGCGUUGAGAAGGACGAGAGCAACAUACUCAGCGACUUCGGCUGGAGUUUCCAGGAGGAGGAGGAGCAUGGCGGCGGCUUCAGUAGUAGGAUCGACUCCGAUUUGGCGGGAAACAGUAGUAACGACCGGUUUUCCGUCCUGGAGAGUGCUACCACCGCGGCCGCCACGCCGAGUGAUGCUACGGAGCCGGUUGCGGUUCAGGCUGAGCAGACGUCCUCCAGCUCCUCCGAUGAUGCGCCGGAGAAGUCUACCGCAUCCGGUGGCUCCACCUCGCGGCAGCCUGCUGAUACAGCGUGAGUGUGUGUUCUCGCAUCAACUAAGCAAGGUUAAAAAGAAGGGCCAGAAGCGAAUCAGACAACCUCGGUUUGCAUUCAUGACUAAAAGUGAAGUUGAUCACCUGGAAGAUGGCUAUAGGUGGAGGAAGUAUGGACAGAAAGCUGUUAAAAACAGCCCCUUUCCCAGAAGUUACUACCGCUGUACGAAUACCAAAUGCACAGUGAAGAAAAGAGUUGAGCGAUCCUCUGAAGAUCCCACAAUUGUGAUCACAACAUAUGAAGGGCAACACUGUCACCAUACUGUUGGUUUCCCUAGGGGUGGAUUUAUUGGUGAGGCUGCUGCAUACAUGAGCCAGUCUUACCCAUUAACCUCACAAUUCUAUCUUCCAGCCCUUCAAUUUCCCCAAGAAGGGUCUCUGGGUAUUCCACAGCCGCAUCAUCAGAGCCAGGGUAAUAAUAGAGGCCCCAAUGCAGCAAUGGCAGAUCCCUGCAGUCACCCAGCCCCACAACUUCCACCAGAUGAGGGAUUGCUUGGGGAUAUUGUGCCCCCUGGGAUACGAAACAAGUAAAGCAAUGCAGAUAGAUCAGAGUUGAAAGAAGGUGCGUAGAUGAUGAGGAUUGAAGCUAGGAUCAGAGAUUGUACUUAUUUACAGUAUAAACUAAUGCUAAGAAUGAAUUGAAUUGAAGCAGCAUCUAUCCAUGAAGGAGUGCAUAUACGGUGAUAGCAGCAUAUAUAUAUAUGUCCAUUUCUAAUUGGGUUGAACCCCAAGCCAGGGUCGACCGAUUUAAUUUGUUGGUAAGUUAAAUCAGAAAAUUGGGUAUUGAAUUGGCCUCUAGCUAUACCAAGCCCAAUCUACCAAAACUGAAGAAGAGGAUUGUGCAGAUCAGAUAUAUAUAGCUUCCAGGUUCUAGCAUGCAAUUAAUGGAUGCCAUAAUAUAUAUAUUAUUAUAUAAAGGUGGUUUUGAUUAAUGCAAUCAAUGGCUCAUCAUGUAUAUAGAAAUUAUAUAUAAUGUACUUACGUAGCUCUUUAACCAUGAGCAUGUGUUAAUUACUCCUACGUUUAGGGUUUGGUUCCUAGCUAAUUGUGAUCAAUCAAUUUAUCAGAACAUUAAUUAUGUACUUGAUUAUUGUUUUGCAGCAGUUUGCUGAGAAAACACAAACUACAUACAUGUUUAACAAAA